ACCGGAAUAUUCCGCCUCCCGCGAGGGACGCGCCCCCUUGCCCCGCCGCACCACGCUAGCUAGGGUUCGCUCCCUCUCCCCCUCCCCGCCUCCGCGCCGCCGACGCCGACGGCGAUGGCGCAGCGCUGGCGCUCGAAGGCGCGGCGCGACCCGGACCUGGACGACGCCGGCUCGCCCUCUCCCGCGCGGCCCCGCGCGCCCCCCAGCGACGACGAGGACGAGGCGGGCAACGAGGACCUCACCCUCGAGAUCGUCGCGCGGGCGCGGCGGCGCGGGGCCGCGGGAGGCCAGCCCGGGCUCGCCGAGGUGCUCCCCCUGUCCUCCGACGAGGAGGUGGACGAGGACGCCGUGGUGGAGCUCGGCGAGGCCGACCCCAGCAGGAGGAAGGACAAGAAGAAGAAGCAGCGCCGCAAGGAGAGGAGGAAGAAGCAGCGCAAGGAGGACGCCGCCGCCGCCGCCGCCGCCGACAAGGAGGAGCCUCAGGUUGCUGGCGCCCAGGAGGGACAAACUGGGACAGUGGAAUCAGUGCCCACCGAAAAUGGCGUUGAUGCCCCUGUAUCCGACAACACAGUUCUGCGGAAGCUUCUUCGUAUACCAAGAUACUUUGAUCCUGGGGAAACUAUAUUGGAGACUUGCUUUAACUGUGGUGAGGAAGGUCAUGUAGCUGUGAACUGCCCAAUGGAGAAGCGGAAGAAGCCUUGCUUCGUUUGUGGAUUGUUCGGACACAAUGCGAAGCAGUGCACGCAGGGUCAAGAGUGUUUCAUCUGCAAAAAAGGAGGUCAUAUGGCGAAAGAUUGCCCUGAUAAGCACACAAAGAAUACUCAGCAGUACACCACAUUGUGUUUGAGAUGCGGAGAAACCGGCCACGAUAUGUUUGGAUGUUCCAAUGAUUAUCCACCAGAUGAUGUCAAGGAAAUAAAAUGCUAUGUGUGUAACCAGAAUGGUCACCUCUGUUGCACCGACUUCUCUGAUAGUUGUUCAAAAGAAGUUACUUGUUAUAACUGUGCCCAAUCUGGUCAUACUGGUUUGGGAUGUGCCAAGCAACGUAGGGAGACAAGUGUUGCGACAACUCCGACCUUGUGCUACAAAUGUGGCGAAGAUGGUCACUUCGCACGUGGCUGCACAAAUAGUGCUAAGCCCGGCCGGUUCAAAGGCGAGUUGUCGUCGCAUAGUCGUAGAAAGGACAAAUGGAAAAAUGACUCUGGCCCUAGAUCAGCUCCUCAUGGAUCUCACAAAAGAAAAAGCCCCCUAUUCGAGGAUAGAUGGGAGACACCUCGUGGUAAAUCCAGAGCUAGGGGUGGUUGGAUUCCUGAGGACCAUGACGAUCUUCCAUCCAAGAAGUACAAAGGAAUUGGGUGGGACUCCCAAUCUACUCCUAAGAAGCCCUACAAUAAUCACCACCAUCGCUCCUCUGGCGGUGACUAUUCUACUCCUCAAGGACAAGAUUUUUCAUGGCACAACUCGCAAUAUUCUCCAAGUGCGAGAAAACACGGCUCGUCUUCGUCAAGAUUCGCCAGCAACACCCAUCACCGCUUUGAAAGAAGUUAGGCUGGAGCUUACUUUUGGUUUUGUUGUUCGUUCCAUAGUAGAUCUCUUAGGGAUGUACUCUGCCUGUAAUACCGUUUCCCUGAAAGGGCUGUUUUCUGUAUCUUCAGAGUUGUAUACGUUGUGUCCAUUCCUGGUCUGGGCAUGCUUUGUGUUGCACUUCAAUGGCUGCCUACUGCAAACACGGCAUGUCACUCUGCACUCUGCACUCUGCGCCGCUAUACAGCGUAAGUUUCUGUGUACUUAUACAAGAGCGAUAUAUUAUUUCACA